CCUGGGUAUUUAUAGCUGUGGUGCCUCCCUUCCCCCUCAAUCUGCCCAGGACCCGGAGUUUUGCCCUCCCUCCUUACCUUUUUUUUGUAUCUCUGUUUAUUGUAAGUCACAGCUUGGCGGUAAGAAGACGCUGAAAGCGGGGUCAACCCGGGGUAGACCUCCACACAGGACGGUGUGGCAGCACCUCUCGGGUUGCAACACAGCACUUCCAAUGCAAGCCGUACGUAAUGAUGUCUUCUCAUCACACACUGCCAGCAGGAGAAGUCCUACGCUGCAUCAGGAGCCCAGACUGGAAGAUAAAGAAGCUCUGUCCUCUGUCCAGAUGGAAGGUGGUGUAAAAGGGGACUUGAUGGUUGACAUUGGUCCUGGUCCUGCCAUUUACCAGGAAUUGUCUGCAUGUGAGGCCUUCAAGGAAAUUACUGCUGCAGAUUAUACAGAUCGCAACAGGGAGUACCUGGAGAAAUGGCGAAAGAAUGAGCCUGGAUUGUUUGACUGGACGCCUGCUUUGAAAUUUGUCUGUGAUUUAGAAGGUCGUAGUGCACAUCACAGUGAUCAUCCCUCUCUGCUUCCAGCUUGUGUGGUGGGAAAAAUUGCUGAGAAGGAAGAAAAAUUGAGGAAGACAUUGAAAAGAGUGGUGCCAUGUGAUGUCACCAAGAGCAACCCUCUUCACCCACUCGUCUUACCCAAAGCCAAUUGCGUCCUGACAGUAGGUUGCCUUGAAUGCGCCUGCAAAGAUGAAGUGGCUUACAAAAACGUCAUCAAAAAUCUCUCUUCCUUGCUGAAGGUGGGCGGUCAUUUAAUCAUUGGUAGCAUAUUGGGAAGCACCAUUUUCCGAUGUGGAAACAAGGAAUUCUCUCUCAUCAACCUAAGUGAGCCAUUUCUCAGGAAAGUCAUAACAGAUACUGGGUUUGUCAUUGAAGACUUGGAGGUUCUCCCAAGAGAAUUUGAUAAACCUAUGUUUGAUAUUUGCAAUCACACCUCUGGCAUUUUUAUUCUGGCAAAAAAAGUCAAAGAUGUCUAAAACAGUUUCAUUCAAUUCUUAAACAUGGAUGCAUUACUGCAGUGUGCAUUACUACCUUAAAACCAGAAGGUGGCAGAAAUGUACUUAAUUCUCCAAAUCAAGUAUAGUGUACUAAAGUAAGAAUCUGUUACUUUACGGUCAAACCUGAAAAUCAAUAAAA